GGGGAGGAGAGAGCGGGAGAUUUAUAGCAGCAGAGCAGAAAGAAGACUGAGAGAGACGAGAAACAACACAAGGCUGUUUCAGUCAUUUCAUUUUGUUUAAAAGUAAAUCCAUUUCUGUAUUUUAAAUAAAUUCCUGUUGGAGGUGUUCACAUGGCCCUGGGCGAGGGAGGGGCGACCUGCUGAAAGAUGGAACAUAGGUAAAACACUAACAGCUACUAGUUGUCACAGGACAGCUGUGCUCUUCCAGUGUGUGGUGAUGGCAGAGUUCAGCUGGGCUGGUGUGCCAGGGGUCAAGAGACAACUCAGCAUUCUGCUGCUCCUCUGGAUUUCCAUAGCGGUCCCUCCAGCCCUCUUGCAGCCCCCCCUCUCCUUGCCUGUCCACAUGUCCAUCAUCCCUCCACCCUGGCACCUCCUUCCUCUGUCUCAGGUGGAGCUGGGCCCUCUUUUCUCCAACUCCAGCCCCUUCUCCUUCUCACAAAGCAUGUUGAUGGUGGCCCCGCCUGGCCAGGCCCCCAGACCAGGCCUACAAGCUUCUUUUGGCCCUUACUCAGUUACACAGCAUAUAUCAGAGCCCAUCCUCCCUCUUUCCCCCCCUCUGUCCGCCUUCCUCCUGUCAGAGCAUGUGGAGAGGGUUCGGGAUAACGGCAGUCGGGAGAGUUUUAGGGUGCGUACACUGUUCCACAAACAGAGCGACACCAGAGCCCGCAGGACCUGCUUCACCCUUCAUGCUUUCAAGGACACAGAGGAGCACAAGGCCUCCUGUCUCCCACAGCCUCCUCUCGGGCUGUGCAUGGUGACUCUGACUCUACCCAAUGAUUGGUUUGAGGAUCAACACACAAACCAAUCACAUCAGGAUCAGAGAAAGUGGCCAAGUAAAAUGUACCCUCGACGCCGGGUGCGGCACAUGGAGAAGCAGUGGAGAGAAAAUCAUCACCGUAACUCAGUCAACCGCCAGCGUACAACUUCUCAUUCCCUGAGAUAUCAUCGCGAUGAUGGGAAAACUAAGGGGGAUGUCCACUGGCGCUUCAGAUACCAGCGGGUUGCCAUGACAACCCACAUACAGCUUUAUUACUCCUAUUCUGACACAGUGGCUGACCUCAGACUGACCCCAGGUCAGGCACAAGGAUGUGUGGAGGACAGAGCGGUAAAUUCCCAGAGGCAGCUCUUCCAUAUCAAAGCAGUGACACUAAAGGAGGAAGAGGAGGGGAGAGAGCAGAGCGGUACCAAAGAGAAGACCUGUUUGAACGGGAAAGAAGAGGAGGAGCUAAGCUUGGAUCCUCAUGUCCUGAUACGCUAUCACAGGGGGCCGGUCCUGAUUGGACAGUCAAUCAAAGUGUCUGUGAGUCUGAGAGCCAAUUUCAGUGCUGAGUUUGCUGUCAUAAGGCUAAAGAUAAAGAAGGGCUUGGUGUCAAUGGUGGCCCAGAGAACUUUGACCACUGACCUGUUCACAGCGACUCUGGAGAGGAGCAGAGACUCCAAACAUGACAUUGUGUCCAUCCUCUGCCACAAACAAAGCACAGCCAAGCACACACUCGAUCCCACCUUACUCCAACAGGUGGUGUGUCUGUCAGUUGACGGCUUGAGACAGAGCUUUGGUGUUGCAAUGACGGUGUUUGCUAAGUGGUGGGUGGAGUACUCCGGACGCGUAAAUCCCCUAUCGCCACAUGGGGCAGCAGUGACCAUCUUCUCAUUUGCUGAUCGACACAUCUUUAGCAUCGCUCCCAUCACAGAGAGUAACACAAUCAUCAACACAGCCAUACUGACCAACCAGCCGGUGUCACUUCCUGUCAUUGUGCUGGCCAUAAACCUUGAUGGGAAGGUGUCAGAUGUCACCUCUGCAGUCACAUGCCACUCUACCAACGAGAACACUGUCAAGGUUUCCAGCGAUUGCUCAACCCUCUUUGUGGAUGGCAGCGAAUCAGGGUUGGGUGACACCUGUGCAGAGGUGGAGUUUCUUCUGGGUGCGCUCCGUGGCUCUUUGUGUUUGGAGGUGUGGGCUCCUUCAGUGCCCCUUCGGGUGUCUUUGGCAGAUCCCAUUCUCAAUGUCAUUGAGGGCUGGAACCACUUCACAGAAGAAGGGUGUGUGCCAGUGUAUCAACGCUCCUCAGUCCAGGUUCUGACUCGGUUCACAGCUCAGGAUUCUAAUGGCAGAACCUCAUACCUCCUUGGCUCAUCUGAUUGGUUUGUGGAUGUUACAGAGCUGGUCCGCAAUUGGCUAAGAGUAGAGGACCCUCGAGUGGCUUCCCUUGACAGCAACAACAACUUUAUUGGUUUACGACCAGGAAAGACAUCACUCCAUGUCAUCUCUGAGCAGUGGGAUGGCAUGCUUGGCGGAUGUGACAUCACUGUGACCUCUGAGCCGGUUACCCCCGGGGACCUGUCCGUGCAGUUGGUCAGUGGCAUUGGCAUGUCAGUCACAGCUAGCCCCACCCACCCUUCAAUUGUCACAACAACAGUAACAGCCUUCAACAUCCUAUACAACCAUCACCAGGAGGCUUCCAUCAGCGUCUGGCUCCAGUUCAGUGACGACACUGCCUCCCUCCUCUCUUCUUUCAGUGACCUUCCCUUUUUCCUGCAUCUCUCCUCAUUGGCUGAGACUGUGGUUGUGGUGACACCCAUUCCCAACCAACGCAUCUUUGCCCAGGGCGAUGGAGGCGGGCCUUUAAUGCGUGCAGAACUUUUGGUUUCUACCUGUGCUGACACCCCAAUCAACUCCAACUCUAUCAGUGAAGGGGACAGGGAUUGGAUGGACAGCGGAGGAAGAGGGGGAACCAGGAAGCUGGCUAGAGGAUCGGGUUGGAUAAGAGUCAACCUAGACCUGGACUUCUUGCUGCCAGAAGGGGAAAGGGAAGAGGAAGACGAUAAGUUCGGGCUUGACAUGACAGACACGUUGGUUGAGUCGGACAGCGACAUCUAUGCAGUGAACUUUGACAGAGAUGAAAAUAAAAAUGUUAGCAGUAACUACUAUGAAAAGAUCAAUAUUAAGAGAACUGAUAAAAACUGGAAUGGUGUGGGGAACAGAGGAAUGGUCAGUCAGAAUAAUCUGGAAAAAGCUGUGCUCAUGCCAAGCCUGGUGGAGGGCGUUGUGUACUUCUCCCCUAGCCAGGAAAGAGAAGGAGAGAACGAGGAAGGACAGGGAGGUGGAGAACUGGAGCUGGGUGUGGGGGCUGUUCUCUCUCUGCUCUGUCUCUCUGCUGUCCUGUUCCUGGCUAACUGUCUGCCCUGCGCCCUGCAGAACAGAAGGAGCACUUUGAUGGAGGAUAACAGGGAAGCAGAACUAGGGCGAGCUGAAGAGGAACAAGAGAGGGAAAAGAUGGAAAUAGAGAAAAUGAAAAAAGAUGAGAGAAAGAAGACAGAAGGUGGAGAUAGGUUAAAACAAUAUGAAACGGACAAUAAAGAGGAUAUUAAAGAAGUAGAGAUCAUUUGCUGAUAUACAGUAUGUGCAGGUGUUCACAAGGAACAUGAAAGAAGCAUUUUUGUAACAGGGUGCUAUCACCUUUUUGGUACAAUAACUAAGGAUGCAAAGAAAAUGUACAAUUCUUGGCUUGUACAGAUGUUUUUUGUUAUUGUUGUUUAUUUAGUUAUAUUAAUGUUAAUUAUCCCCUUUCUACGUCAGGAAAACAAGAAAUCAUAAUAAAAAAAAAAACACUAGCAGACCCACCACUGCACCACUCUCCCACUCUCCAAUUCUGGAAUAUAAUGCAGAAAGAGAAGUACCCCAACCUCAAAGAAUUUGACUGCACUUUUUGGAUCAACAUAUUUGUGUGAGUCUGCCUUUUUACAAAUGAAAAUCAUUAAGUCAAAAUACAGAUCCACCAGGACUGAUGACCACCUUGCGGCCUGCUUACGGCUGGCACUCAGCUCCUACUGUCCGGACUUUGAGAGACUAGCUUCCUCCUCUCAGUGCCAGAAGUCCCACUAAGGUAGAGAACCACUUUUCCAACUUAAAUUAGGCAUUGUAUUAAUUGGGUUGUAUGUUGUUGUGUUGUUACGGGCCAGUCCUAGGCCUACUUGUGCUUAUUCUUUGCACG